AAAGAGCAUCAGAGCGAGCAGACGACAUCCAAACAGCUACAGAACUGCAGCAGGAUUUUAAACACAUCAGGAUGAACAGAAAACCACAGGACAAAACUGAGAAAACCAAGGAAGGAGCUGCUCCUGCUGACAGCACUGUGGGGAGAACGGCAGGACACUCAGGGGAAAUCAAAGAAGAACCUGUCUACGCUGAUGUGGCAGCUCCUCCAGACCAGAGGUGUCUCUUCUUCACUCGGUCUUCUCCACCAAUAGCAGUGUGUUGGCUCAUACUGUUGGUCAUCAUGGGCCUUCGUAUCUACUUUACUGCUGUCAUUUCUGAAAACAACGCGCAUCUGACUGCUGAAAACCAGGAGCUGAAGACACUGAUGAUACAAAACUAUACUGUCUUAGAAAACAAGAUCGCAAACCUGACAAAAGAAAACCUGAACCUGGCAACACAAAACGAGGAGCUGAAGUCACUGAUGCAGUAUCUGAAUCUGUCAGCAGGCAGUUUGACUCUACUGGCUGCCAUUCACAACCUGACGAGCCUGAACAACAAACUCAGCUCAGACAAUGAAAACUUGAGGAGGAACUAUAACAAUCUGACACAAGUCAUUUCUGUCUUACAAAACAACUGGAACGAACUCAAUGUGACUCGAGCUCAGUGGAGCAUUGAUGCCUACUGCCCCAUAAGAAAUAACGUCUCUGUUGUUUCAGAGAGACAGUGUGCAGCUUGUCCAGUUGGCUGGAUACACAGACAGCCAAGCUGCUAUGCCAUUAAUUAUUUUGAAUGGAAUACCUGGGAAGAAGCUCAGAAAAACUGCAGAGGGAAGGGUUCAGAGUUGGCUGUCGUAUAUGAUCAACAGGAGAGGAACUUCAUCAGUGAUUACAGUUUCAACAAUUUUGGACCUGAUGGAUACUGGAUUGGCCUGAGAGCUGUAGAUGGGCGAUGGAAGUGGGUGGAUGGAAGUUACAUGACGUAUAGCUCCUGGAUAGAAGCUCCAACUGAAGGUCACUGUGCAAUUUCUGUACAGAGCAAUGGGUGGAAAUCAGUGAGCUGUGGUGACAGCCACAAAUGGAUCUGCAAAAAAAAGGCUUUAUCUCUUUAAACCCCACAGUCAUACCUUUACAUUUUACAUCUAUCAACUGGCUUAUAGAUAUCAAAUGUGUGUAUGUGCUCUGUGUGUGUUUAUGCAAGCUUUUCUCACGAAUGUUUUCCUAUGAAAAGCAAUGUACCCAAAGUUGGUUGGGAUAUAAAAGGAUGAGUCUCAAAAAGUUGACUUUUGCCUGAAACUUGUGUUUGAAUCCGUGAAACUUUGUGUGAACUCUAAGGUACGUCCUCACCAUGUUUAUUUUCGUCAAACCUAACCUCAGUAACUUUUACUGUCUAAACCUAACCCCCAUAACUUUAUGUUAUUUUCAUAACUCUACAUUAAUGACAUAAAUGUCAUUCGUGGGGUGCAAAUUUGCAGGAUAAAAAAGAGGUGGGUAUACUCUGUAUACCUGAGUAUUUGUACAGGACGAAUACAAUGACUGUUUGACAA